AUGGAAAAGAUCAUUCGUAAUGCCAUAGUUCAACAUAUUGAAAAUAGUGAUAAACUGUCAAAUCACCAACAUGGAUUCAGGAAAGGCAGGUCAUGCACUACUCAAUUAUUGGAAUGUAUUGGAGAUUGGACUACUGCAAUUGAUGAGAAGUAUGACGUUGAUAUCAUUUACUUAGAUUUUAAAGCGGCCUUCGAUAAGGUUCCGCACAAGAGACUGUUGAAAAAAAUCUGGAGUAUUGGUAUUAGGGGUAAUCUAUAUAAUUGGAUUAAAGACUUUCUGGACAAUAGGCAGCAAAGGGUUAAAGUUAAUGGUUCCAUUUCCAAAUGGCAGAAGGUUACAAGUGGACAAGUGAACUGUGCGUUCAAACUUUUUGCUGAUGACACCAAACUGUAUUCAGUCAUGAAAAGUUUUGAUGAUGAAGAAAGACUACAAGAUAAUAUCUUCAAUGCAUGUGAAUGGGCCUCGAAGUGGCAAAUGUUGUUUAAUGCAAAAUGA